GGUGUUUGAGCACGGAGCGGCCCCCUCGCCUCAGGCGGUGUAAGAGGAUCUGCGCUGACCUCGUCUGAGGGACGGAACCAGCGAGCCAAACUACCCCAAACCGUGGAAGGAGAGAGAAAAAGGAAAGGGAGGGGAAAUGUCUGCUGAGAGUUUAGAGUCAGAAGGUGGAACUUACUGGAAGUUUAUUGGCUUCAGGUGGUGUCAGUCACGUUACUUCCUCCUUUGCUGCGGUGAGAGGGCAGGAGGAAGGGUAGGAGGGAGGCACCCUCACAUCAGCCAGCUCCGUCUCUGCUUUUUCGCACAAAAAGAAGCCUGCACUUGGGUUUGAAAGUGAAACAGGGCAAGACUUGUAAAAGGGAGUGCAGCCUCUUGGUCUUUUUCAUUCUCACGGUUUCCUGUUCAAGGAAGCCAUUUUGUUACCCAGCCCUGGAGCAGAUCACUUAUACAAAGUUUGCCAUUGUUUUCUCUCUCUCCCCUGCUCUCGCCCACGGCUGGGGGAGUUUCACGGCUGGCUUUGGACUUUCUACUCUGCAGAGCAACAUCUUUGGAGCAAGCCGAGCUGAAGGAGGAAGGUGGAGGUGGAACAACAAUGGUGGGAGGGGGGGUGCAGAUCUUUCUCCCUUUCGGUGCGUCUUUUUCUCAAGCUUGUCAUGCUUGAAGAAUGACAGAAGUCAGACGACAAGUGCCUGAAAGGACGUGAAACUGCUUCCUGGAUAAUAAUUUCUUCCUCGCUCCUCUGGAGGGAGGCAGACUAACGACCCAGGGGGGAACAGGGACUCUCUGCUCAGUGUGUGGAUACCCAUAUUUCCUCUCUCCCAACAGGACAGUUUGAAUGAGUGUGACUUUUCGCAGAAAAACCUCCACUUCACCAGGGUGUGUGCUUGUCUCUGUGUAUGCUUAGAGCUCCAGGCAGUCGGCAGGGGAGAGCCAGUGGACUCUGAAUGGCUAACGCGAGCCCCUGCAUGUCCUCAGGGGCAAUGUCCCAGGUCUUCUUCCCCCCACCAGGGGCCUCCCCACCUGGCUCAGCAGUGAUGCAGACGGGGCCCCCCAUAUCCAUGCCCUCUAUGCCUCCUCAGGCUCCUUUUCCAAUGGUGGAUCCGACAGCAGGACACGUUGGGAUGACGAUUCCCUCAAUGAUUUGCAAUCCAGACGGGGUGUCCUUCAUCAUCCAAAUUGGUCUGACCAGGGAAUCUGUCCUGCUGCCCCAGACUGCUGACCUGGCGUAUGUGAAGCAAGUGGCCUGCUCCAUUGUUGACACCAAGUUCCCAGAGUGUGGAUUUUAUGGCAUCUAUGACAAGAUUUUGCUGUUCAAGCAUGACACAACUUCCAACAACGUCCUCCAGCGGGUCAAAUCCACAAGUGACAUUCAGGAGGGAGAUCUGGUGGAAGUGGUGCUUUCAGCGGCAGCCACAUUUGAAGAUUUCCAGAUUCGGCCCCAUGCGCUCAAUGUGCACUCGUACCGAGCCCCGGCCUUCUGCGACCACUGUGGAGAGAUGCUGUUUGGACUGGUCAGACAAGGCCUGAAGUGUGAUGGAUGUGGGCUGAACUACCACAAGCGCUGUGCAUUCAGCAUCCCGAAUAACUGCAGUGGAGCACGCAAGCGACGGCUGUCCACCACUUCUCUGAGUAGCAGUCAGUCCCUGCGUCUCUCCACCAGCGAGUCAGUCUACAGCGUGGGGACAGCCUCCACCUGCUCUGAAGAAACCAGUUUAAUUCGCUCUCACACACAAAUGCCACGGACUCCUAGUGAGGCGCGGCGCUUCUACACAGGCCGGCCUGUUCAUCUGGACAAGAUCCUGAUGACGAAGGUGAAGGUGCCCCACACAUUUGCUAUUCACUCGUACACACGGCCAACGGUGUGCCAGUACUGCAAGAGACUUCUCCGAGGAUUGUUCAGGCAGGGUCUACAGUGCAAAGACUGUAAAUUCAAUUGCCAUAAACGCUGUGCAUAUAAGGUUCCUAAUGAUUGCCUCGGGGAGACCAUUGGAGACAACAGAAGUAACUGUGACAUGUUGAGUCCCAGCGCCGACACCGAAAUGCCCAUGGACUUCAGCAGUGAGUACGACACCUCGGACAAGUCUUCAAUGGAUGACUCAGAUGAGGCCUGCAGCAUCCCCGGGUCCUUUUCUCCAGACAACAACCAGGAUGGGACAGGCGGAGACCAAAGCGCUAAUAUCCCACUGAUGAGGGUUGUCCAGUCGGUGAGGCAAACGACUCGACGAUCCAGCACAGCUAUUAAGGAAGGAUGGAUGGUUCACUACAGCAACAAGGACACACUGAGAAAGAGGCACUACUGGCGCCUGGACUGCAAGUGCAUCAUCUUGUUCCAGAACAACACCUCCAACAAAUACUACAAAGAGAUCCCCCUCUCUGAGAUUCUGGAGGUGCGUCCUGCUACUGACUUCACUCUAGUCCCACAAGGCACCAAUCCUCACUGCUUUGAGCUCAUCACAGGCACUAUGUGCUACUUUGUCGGGGAAGACCCCAAUACCCUUCCUUCACUGUCCACCAGCAACCCCCAGACACCCCCCUCCCCAAGUAUGGUGCAGCCCAACAGUGGCAUUGGGCGGGAGGUGGCAAACUCCUGGGAGUUCGCCAUUCGCCAGGCGCUCAUGCCAGUCAUCUUUCAGGAUGCCCCGCCGGCUGAGGGGCAUACGCCACACAGACAAGCCUCUAUCAGCAUCUCUGUCUCCAACAGCCAAAUCCAAGAGAAUGUGGAUAUUGGCACAGUGUACCAGAUUUUUGCUGAUGAAGUGCUUGGAUCUGGUCAGUUUGGUGUAGUUUAUGGAGGAAAGCACAGAAAGACAGGAAGAGACGUUGCUGUCAAAGUCAUUGACAAGCUCCGAUUUCCCACCAAACAAGAGAGCCAGCUGAGGAACGAGGUGGCCAUCCUGCAAAGCUUGCGACAUCUGGGAAUAGUGAACCUGGAGUGUAUGUUUGAAACCCCAGAGAAAGUGUUUGUGGUGAUGGAGAAGCUGCAUGGUGACAUGCUGGAGAUGAUCCUUUCCAGCGAGAAGGGAAGGCUGCCGGAGAGGCUAACUAAAUUCCUCAUCACACAGAUUCUUGCAGCUCUCAGACAUCUCCACUUCAAGAAUAUCGUUCACUGUGAUCUGAAACCUGAGAAUGUGCUGCUUGCCUCAGCCGAUCCAUUCCCGCAGGUGAAGCUGUGCGACUUUGGUUUUGCACGCAUCAUCGGUGAGAAGUCUUUCCGUCGCUCUGUCGUCGGCACACCUGCCUACUUGGCCCCAGAGGUUCUGCUGAACCAGGGCUACAACCGCUCGCUGGACAUGUGGUCGGUCGGCGUCAUCAUGUACGUCAGCCUUAGCGGCACAUUUCCCUUCAAUGAGGACGAGGACAUCAAUGACCAGAUUCAAAACGCGGCAUUCAUGUACCCGGUCAACCCCUGGAAAAAGAUCUCCAAAGAUGCUACUGACUUGAUUAACAACCUGCUGCAAGUCAAGAUGAGGAAACGCUACAGUGUCGACAAAAGUUUGAGCCAUUCAUAUUUACAGGACUACCAGACGUGGCUGGAUCUGCGGGAACUGGAGACCAAGCUUGGUGAGCGCUACAUCACCCACGAGAGCGACGAUAGCCGCUGGCAAAUGUACGCCAUGAAGCACAAACUGUCGUACCCGGCUAACUACGUCCCUCCUCCGCCUGCGUCAGCCUCUGAUGACGAUGAUGGCGGGGAGGACUCAGACAUGAAAGGCCUCACUGAGAGAGUCAGCAUCCUCUGACCACAUGACUCUUUUUUUUCCUUUUCUUUUUUUUAAAGAAGACGGUGCAGUCUACCUGGAGUGUGAGAAGACAUAAAAAUUUGCAGAGAACAUACUUUUCUAUCGAGAACAUUGCUCUGCUGUUUGAACCUUGGAACCUGCUUUGUGUCAGUUUCACUGCACUAAAUCCAAUUUCUUUCUCUUCUAACCAGGAGUCCUCAGAACUGCUUAUCGCUCACCUCUGCUGUUAUUGGUUCUCUUUCAUCCUUUGAAUGUUUGUGGGGGUUUUUUUUAUAUCUGGAAGGCUACCCACUUUGAUUUCAAAUUAUGUUUGAUUCACCCAGCAAGGUUUUAGAGACUCUGAAAAAGUCACAGUUGAACUGGUCAAAUCUGUCACUGACACCAAAGGCAGUGUGAUCUUGUUCCCUCGCUGCAAUUUUUUAUCACAGCAAAGCAAGAAGUGGCCUUGGACCACAAACUAAAGGGGUUUUUUCACCACAUGGUUAAAUAUAUAUGAAGCAGCCUAUAGUCUGAUUAGAACUGCAGAACUUCCUAAUGUGUGCCUUCAAAAAAGUGGCCUUAAUAUUCUCACCAUGCCUUUUUAAGCGAUGGGUUUUUACUACAACAAAAGACUUUCUUUGCUGGUAAUUACUCACCUGAAUGCACGGAAGUCAAAGCCAUUUUUACUCUCAAAUGAAUUCCCAUAAAUCCAUGUCUUGCAGAUGAAAAAGCCUUAAAAAUUGGAAGUAUUGAUCUAUCAAGAAUGUACUAUUUAUAGUAAUUGCCACCAGUUGGGAGCAAUAAUAGACUCAUGGGGUGGGGGGGAAACAUAGCAAAUUAUAAAUGACACUGUGAAUUUGAAGGAAGUCUAAAAACUAAGCUUUUUUUGACAGACCUUUUUUCCCCCUCCAACAUUUCUUCCUUCGGCUAACAGAUUAUCAGUCUUGUGUCUAAGGAGUUGUCACUGAGUGGUGAAAUUGCUCCUAUUGUGUUGAGAGUCUGACUGUCAUCAGUUCCUAAAAUCAAGCAGUCAAUUGAAAUCAAGAUUAUAGCACGUCUUCACAGCUGACUGACAUGUUGUCGAGGACGAGCGGAUAAAUGGGAACAUCUUUUCACAGGAGCCAGACUUCAUCACAACCACAAACGCCGAUGUAUAUAAAACUUAAGUGGAAGGAAGGGGAAAGGUAGUUUUUGAUUACUUUUCCAAAAGAAGGUCAUAAAAAUGUGACAUGCAUUUGUAUUUGGUCCUCCUGUACUCUACUGCAGUGGUCCCCAACCUUUAUAUUAUCGCGGACCGGUCAAAACUUGGCAAUUUUGCUGCUGCCCGGGGGGAGGGAGUCAGAUAAUGCUUCUGCAUGUUGGCGUUCCAGCUAAAGCA